AUGAGUAUUGUUGCUCUUUUCAAAAAUUGCUAUGAACAUUUUAAAGGCAAAUUUUAGAAAAAUUAUAUUUCAGCACAAACACCCAAAUAAUAUUCAUAGAAGAAAGUAUUGGUUCUGGAUUUGGAUGAAACACUGGUUCAUUGUGAAUUCAAAGAAAAUGAAAAUUUUCAACAUGAGGUAUUGCUUGAAGUCAUUCACAAAGGAUAAUUAUACACAGUAUAUUUGAAAGCUCGGCCUUAUUUAAAUCAGUUUUUAUAAGAAGCUAGCAAAGAUUAUGAAAUUUUUAUUUUUACAGCAGGUUAUGAGGCUUAUUGUUAAGAAGUGUUAAGUUUCAUAGAUAAAAAAAAAAUAAUAAGUGAUUAUUACGCAAGAGGAAGCUGUCAAUUUAUCGAUGGAAUUUGCUAUAAAGAUCUUUAGUUAAUUGACAGACCUAUGGGAGAUAUAAUCUUCAUUGAUAAUAAUCCAAAUGCUUUUAUAAAAUGCUAGGAUAAUGGAUUAUUAAUACCUUCUUUCUUAGAUUCAGAAGAUGACGAUUGUCUUCUUCGAUUAAUACCAUUCUUGAAAUAUAUGGCUAAAAAAAAGGACUUACGACCAGUGGAAUAACAUCUCAAAAUUUAUGAGGAUAAUAAUGGUACUAUAGUCUUCUGCGAAACUUAAAAGUCUAUAUAGAUAGAACAAGAAGAGCCUGAUGAAGAUACCUUAAGUGAAGGGAAGGUUGUUAAGAGGGAAUAGGAUGUUACAGAUUUGGAUAUUAAACAUAAAAAAACCCAAACUUAAUUGGAAACUGUAAACAAGAUAAAAAGUAAAUUAAGAAGCGUAACUCUAUUUUCCAGUUCAAAACAUAAUUGA